GUUCGUUCACCCUGACGCUUUCCUGUUUCGUGAUUUGAGCCAAGUCCGCGUCUUGCCUGUCUGCAAUAUAUACUAUCGUUUAUGUGUUGCUGAUCAUUCAUUUUACUUUUGUUUCGGGUAACUAUAGUUAAUAGUUAUUAUUAUUAUCUUUUUUGGUCAACUAUACCUACCGAUCCACGUAAACGUUCCUCAUCGCUAGCUAUACGUGUGUUGCCGCCCCAAAAGAUCUAGAGGAAGGAAAGAACCACACAACCCGAAGAAAAGAUAUGUCAAAGUUUCUUCUCGCGCUGCUCGGCAUGGUAGCCGUUGCGCUCGCACAAGAUUCCCCAUCAAGCACCUUUGUCGAAACUAACACUGAGCCCUACUAUGGCCCCAACGGUCUCGUCUACCCCACGCUCAGCGCCGCGGCUACUUCAUCUGCUUCUUUCGCUUCCAACCAGACUACUACGAUUGUUCUGAGCCCAACCACUUCUGCGGCUGUCUAUCCGUCUGGCCAGCUGGCAAACGCUACACUGUCGACGUCGAGCAAGGCGCGGAACUCGACGAUAACGCAUGCUACGACCUCGCAUACGGCUACUCAGUCAUCCACGUCCACUAGUGCGUCCCGUACGUCGAGUUCUAUAGUUCGUGGGACUACGGCUAGUACGACUGCUCCGGCGGGGACUGGCGCCGCUGCAGCAAACUUUCCUGAGGCAGUGGGGGUCAUAAUUGGCGGCCUCGUGGCCGGAUGGGCGAUCUUGUAGGAAGCUUUGAAGGGCGGUCAUUUUCUUCAUUAGCGUGGGAGAUGACCGCAGGACAAAAUGUUUAGCAUGCGCACAACGCCGAUAGAAAUAAUGAAAACGAGUGCCGUGGUAGGGACA